GCAGCAACCCAUGCAUGUGAAAACAUCUUUGUUCGAAAGGACAUAUCAGUUGUUCGGAGAAAUAACUCCUCACCGAAAUUGCUUGAAUCAGCGACCGAACCAAACCAACUCCCUUGGCCCGUCUCACCGGUGAGACCACAUCAGACUCCAGCGACAGCCCAAUGCCAUUCUUCCGCAAGCGAAGAGAAGGAUCCCUGGCUCCAUCCUGGCUGCCUGAAUCCAAGGACCACAAGCCUUCCAAGACGGGCAGCCACCCGCUGCGCGCGCUUCUCGUCGGCAAGAAGUCCAAGCAGCCCGCAGCCAAUCCUCGUCCCCGUGCCACCCCUCCAGCGCUACCCAACAACAGCGACAACACAAAUAUAGAACAUCCGACCACCACCGCCAGCACCCAGACGCCAGUCUCAAACACUAUCUCAUUCUUCGACCCCAAGACACAAACCUCAGUCUCGUGGCACAACAUCGACCCUCCAACCGACCUACUCGUCUCGUUGGAUGAGAUAGUUCUCGUCCCCGAACACCCCAGAUCCUACGCACCCGAGAUGAUUGAGCAUCCCAGCAGCAGAACCUCACCCCCAAGUCCGACGGCUGCUACACUUCUCCCCGGCUACAACGACGUCAGCGGCUCCGUCAUUGUGGACUGGAACGGAUACCCGCAUUUCCUCUCGCCGCAGGAGGAACACGACCGGCAGCUGCAGCUGGAGCAAGCAGUGCAGGAGAGGAUGCUGGGCUUGCCGAGGCGGACGGAUUUUGCGUGGGAGCGGCCCGGCCAUGUUCGUCAGCAAUCUCAGCAGACGUUGCCGAGAUAUACACCGGCCGGGGCGAAGUCGGGGUCGCGGUCCUCGAUUCAGAGCGCGAGUAGUGGGGGUUCUUGUCGGAGGUGAUGUUGGGUGGCUUUCGGGGAGGGAAAUUAGGAGACGUUUCGAAGCAGCAGUUUGGUGUGGUUUGAGACCAUGUGCGGGUGUUUGACAUUCCUGGGUGUUAGUGCCAUUGGCGCUGGAGGCUUGUAGAUGGGCACUUGCUGACUCGAUAUUUUGGUGUGGAUCACCAGAAGUGAGAUUUUACGAUUGAUGAAUUAUGCUAUGCGUGG